CAGGCCGUAAGCGUGUCUUGUUGUGCUACGGCAAGUAAAAGCGCUGAGGGCGGGGAGAGCCAGUUUCAAGUGCUGUCCACGAGCUCUCGAUCGCCUUGUAUUUCCAGGGUGGCGCGAUAACCGGACUCAAACAUUCACAGGGCUUGUUGCUUGCAUACAUUCCACGAGACAGCCCGGUCACUUAUCUCAGCCACAUCACAUUUCAAAUCUAAAGAUUUCGGACUAAUAGCAUCGACUAGCCAUGCCGAAUCCUUCCACAGUGUUGGAGAAACUCCAAGUCCAUCUUCGCGAAGUGGAGCAGGAACCGACAACUUCUCUCGACGUCCAUCUAUUAGGACAAUGUGAGCUCUACGUAUCCCAGCUCGAAUUCCCGAACGGAGGAUGGCGACAAACACAUCCACUCUUCCUUCAGCUUGGACAGCUUCUGCCGAGUCUGCAACAGGACCCAUCUCCCUUGAUUCGAUUCGUUCUAAAGCUCACCGCACCGUACAGCUUCGAUGAAGUCAAAGAGCUGGACUUUGCCAUGGGAUUGAACUUGAAAGCUGAGCCGUUUCAUCUCCUUAUUCUGACUUUGCUGGAAAAGGCGACCGCCACCGGAAAUGAUGCCGAGAACCUUGCCAGUCGGUCAGAUGUCGUCAAAGCGAUUGUAAGACUAUGGCUUUGCACGGAGGAUACCGGUACAGCAACCAAGGCCUCCAAUCUACUUAUCGCACUCUUAUCAGCCUCAAAGAACCUACCCGGUGGACUAAAUGAGAUCGGUGUUGGCGAAUACGGAAGAGGUGCGAUGUGGAAACGACUAUUCGAAGAUAAGGAUAUCUACAGUUUGCUAUACCUCUUCUGCAGCCUCAAGUCUCUGCCAGCUGGUGAUGAAGUCCCUCUCAACAAGAGGAAUACGACGGUCGCACAGGCUAGGCUGAUGGACUGGCUACCGAAGGUCGGAGCUCUGGACUGGGAUACCAUCGUCAGAAGCCAUCACCCGGAGAUAGAGACCAAAGUUGGACUUAGGAACGGGGAAGGUCUUCUGCAUUUUGCAAGCAUGAAAAUGGUUGAUUUCCUGGACGACAUCUUGAUGCACAUUAGCUUGAUCAACUUCUUCUCUGAUCUCAUCUCCACCGUAAAGACCAUCGCGGCGCCUACAUCUAGUGGCUCUAGUGUGGCCUUGGACUUCCUCAAGAAAGAAGGCUGGCAUGCUCACAUAAUCAAGUACCAGCAAGACGACACUCCUUCAAUGGAGCGAACGUUCCUGAAAGCGCCAGCAGCCAACUACAUCUCCGCCUAUGCGUCUACAUAUCUGGACGACUUUGAACGAAGUCCUGAGGCUGCUGGAAUCGUGGAGAAGCUCAACGAAACCAUCAACAAGGCCCAGCCAGAAGACUUCCACAUACUCUCAUCAGUACCGCGAGCUAGUUUGGUGCCUCAGCGGGCGAUGGGAUAUGCCUGGGACGAAUCUCCGAUCUUGUCCAUUCCCAUCCGCCUGACAAGUGCAGACGCGCUGAAGACACUCGCAACCAUAUUCCAUGGGCCAAUUGAGCCCGAUGUCGUCUUUCCACUAUCGCAGAUCUCGUUGAGCAGUAUGACUGUUCAGACCUCUUCCGCACGAUUCGAAUCCGAGCGAAUCUACGCCCGCCUCCUCCUAUCCCUCUACCUCACCAAAACGCCAUCUUUCUUCACUGAGAUCAUCCGUCACGCCGAUACAAUUGCCAUGAAAGAAAACGCCAUCGCAGCCCUAAUCUUACUCCGUGCCAUCAUCACCGCAAAGUGGUCUCCCGCUUCCCAGCUCAACGACGGAAAUUCCGACGCCAUUCUCACACGCUUGCAGAACUUCCCAGACUCUGGCCUCGAACUGAUCCUGGAUCCAACGAUUAGUGGUGGUGUGCUUCCGUUCUUGCUGAAGCCUGCAACUACAUUUUCGGGGCUGGUGGGUGGUCGCGGCGAUGCGGAGAGUGCAGCGUUCCAGGUUGCAAUGACGAAGUUCGAUGUGCUGAAGGUGCUUGGAGAGCGGGUGAAAGAGUUGCAGCCGCCGAGGAGCCACAUUGAUGGGAUGAUUCGGAGGCGCGUGGCCGAGGGGCCUUGGGGCGUGGGCCAGAAUGCGGCCCCCAGGAUUGGGACGAUGGAAUUGUAGGGUAUGGCAUAUUUAUGUAUGUUAAACUCUAGAGCUUCUUAGAAUUUACAUUCAGCUAUCUAGGCCUCAGAGGUGACCAUGGCCUAGACUUCAAAAGUCAAAUGAAAGUCAU